AUGUUGACCUGCAUUGCGUGUUCCAAGCAGCGUAAUGACAAGAGAUCUCUUCCCCAACAAGAUGAGCACGAAGAAGCUGCGGAUACACCCAGCACCAAGCAGGCCAUUAAGGCCCUCACAGCGCAGAUCAAGGACAUGGCGGUGAAGGCUUCUGGGGCAUAUAGAAAUUGCAAGCCCUGUUCAGGAUCUUCAAAUGGUAACAGGAACCAUAACUAUGCUGAUUCUGAUAUGGCUUCAGAAUCAGCGAGAUUUCACUGGGCGUACAAAAGUACUGGUAGCUCCAACUCAAUCCCAAGGCUUUGGGGAAAGGAGAUGGAGGCGAGACUGAAGGGGCUCUCUAGCGGGGAAGGAACGCCGGCGUCGGUGAGUGGCCGGACUGAGUCGGUGGUGUUCAUGGAGGAGGAUGAGCCCAAGGAAUGGGUUGCUCAAGUAGAGCCUGGCGUGCUUAUCACUUUCGUUUCGUUGCCUCAAGGUGGGAAUGAUCUGAAACGAUUACGGUUCAGAACUGGCAAGAUCCGAAGACCAAAUCUACAGCAUCCUCAGUUGAGUUGUUUACAUCCUAAAGAUGCAAAUAUUUCCGCCCCCACUGUUUGCCAAGCUCAAGAAGUGGUCAAGAAUAAGUACCCUUAA